GCCGGUAGCGAUAAACGGUUUUUCAUUACCUUGUGUGGAAGCAUAAUCAGUUAUAUACAUUUGUUGUAUUAUAGUGUAAUUCGGCGGUGUAUAGCUCUACUGAGAGGACUGGAAGGAAAAUAAAACUAUUCUGGGUUCAAGAUGACUGACUGUGAAGGAGAUGCUUCAGUAGACUUGAGCCCGAUGGAGCUGUAUGAGAAGCUGACCGCGCAGGGAGACAAAGUCCGAAUCCUGAAGACGGAGAAAGCGGCAAAAGCUGAUGUCGAUGCCGCUGUAGAGUUGCUUCUGAAACUCAAAGUGGACUACAAGAAAAUAACAGGGCAGGACUACAAGGCUGGCUGUCCACCCGAAGGAAAUGAGGCCUCGCAAGACAAUGGGCCGGAUGCCGGGGACAAUGACGAGGACCAGGUAGACCCCUGGAAUGUGUCCACCACCAGUGCUAAGGGAGUGGACUAUGACAAGCUGAUUGUGAGGUUUGGAAGCAGUAAGAUCGAAAAGGAUGUGGUGGACAGGAUCGAGAAAGUGACUGGACAGAAGGCUCAUCGCUUCCUGCGUCGCGGGAUCUUCUUCUCUCACAGAGAUAUACACCAGGUGUUGGACGCGUACGAGAACAAGAAGUCGUUUUAUCUCUACACGGGCCGCGGCCCCUCCUCAGAGGCCAUGCACGUUGGACAUCUCAUCCCUUUCAUCUUCACCAAGUGGCUGCAGGACGUGUUUGACAUUCCACUCGUCAUCCAGAUGACGGACGAUGAAAAGUACCUGUGGAAGGACAUAACACUGGAAGAGAGCCAUCACUUUGCCCAUGAGAACGCCAAAGACAUCAUCGCCUGUGGUUUUGAUGUCAAGAAGACAUUCAUUUUCUCUGACUUGGAUUACAUGGGAUCGAGCCCUGCGUUCUACAGAAACGUGGUGAAGAUCCAGAAACAUGUCACAUUCAAUCAGGUUAAAGGCAUCUUUGGCUUUACAGACAGCGACUGCAUCGGCAAGAUCAGUUUCCCUGCAAUCCAGGCUGCUCCAUCCUUCAGCAACUCCUUCCCCCAGAUCUUCAACGGCAGGGCGGACGUGCCGUGUCUUAUUCCUUGUGCCAUCGACCAGGAUCCCUACUUCCGCAUGACGCGAGACGUCGCCCCUCGAAUCGGCUAUCCCAAACCCGCCCUCCUGCACUCCACCUUCUUCCCGGCCUUACAGGGGGCUCAGACCAAAAUGAGCGCCAGUGACCCCAAUUCUUCCAUCUUCCUCACAGACACACCCAAACAGAUAAAAAGCAAGGUCAAUAAGCAUGCCUUCUCAGGAGGACGGGAUACCGUCGAGGAGCACAGACAGUACGGAGGGAACCCUGAAGUGGACGUGUCCUUCAUGUACCUGACCUUUUUCCUGGAGGACGACGAGCAGCUGGAGAAAAUACGAAAGGACUACAAGAGCGGAGCGCUUCUGACGGGCGACCUGAAGAACAUCCUGAUCGAGACCUUACAGCCCAUGAUCGCCGCGCACCAGGAGAGACGCAAGCAGGUCACGGACGAGCUGGUUCGCCAGUUCAUGACCCCGCGCAAGCUAGACUUCGGUUCUUAAGAGUGAGAGGGAUGGGGAGAGAAAGGGCAUGGGCUUUUUUUUUUUUUCGCUUUCUCUUUAAGCGGCGCUGGUUAAUUCUGAGUCUGACUUGGGACUGUGACAUGGACAGUUCUCCAGACACCAUCCAUUAUUCGGUUAUACUAUAUAUCAUCUUCUAUUACCUUAAUGUAUCGGGAAACUAACUUCAUCAUGUCUAACGCUUGCCUGUCUUACAGAGACCUGUGUCAAAUAAACCAGAUGUAAAAAAUUAUGUGCAACUGGAUCAUAAUCUGUGUUCCAUACUGAACAGAGCCAUAGGGAAAAUGAUAUGAGAUUAAAAAAAACCCCUGUCAGUUAUCUGUCUGUACUACUGUAGUGUGGACACAGUGAAAAACACGAGGAUAAGCAGAGACAUGUAUGAUGAUGUUUAAUUGGUUCAUUUUAUAACAUUGACACUGUUUCAGUUUCAUCACAAUGUAAUACGCUGUGCAUUUUAUGUGUUUAAAUACACUCAUGAAAUUA